AUUUAUUCAAAUCGAAUUCCGGGUUCUUCAUUUCAACAAGAGUUGGAUACCAUUGUGCAGCUGAUGACGUCUUAAGAACGGAAGCGUCUCAAGGUCAGUGUCGUCCACCAUCUCAAUCAAAUCGCUGGGCUCCAAAAAGACCAAGUGAAAAUUAAACCUAACUGUCAAGUAGCAAAGCACUUGGAAGACUUGACCGCAACUUUCAAACGACCAACGUCGUUCCAGAAAGAGUAUACUUUAAUAUGGUCAAGAUAAACUGCAGUAGAAAGAGGUACCUCUUAGUUGGGGUAAUCUCUUCAGCUUCUCUCAUCGUUAUGGUUGUUUGCAUUUUAUUUAUUACUCAACUAAAACAUGACGAUGAAGAAGAUGUAGACAUAUUUUCAAAUGCUGGUUUCAAGCGAAAAAAUGAGGGGUGCGUAGGAAAUGAUUGCAGAACUAUCAGCAAGCGAGGGCAAAAUUAUUUUGGAAAAAGAUAUCCUAGUUGUAUUUCGGAAUCAUGUGUUCUAGCAGCUGCAAAAUUGUUGAAAUGGCGAGAUGACAACGUCGAUCCAUGUGAUGAUUUUUAUAAUUAUAGCUGUGGAAAUUUUCUGCGUUCUUAUUCAAUACCAGAUGGGUGGGAUUCUUUUGGAAGUAUAGAUAUUGCAAAUGAAGAAGUCGAGUUGAAAAUAAAAAGUAUACUGGAAGAGAACGAUAGAGUAAAUGACAGCGUAUCUUUAAGAAAUGCUAGAACAGUCUACAACUCAUGUAUGGAUUUAAACCAUAUUGAAGAAACUUCCUUGCUAGCCUUAAAGGAAGUACUUUCGAGCAAAGGUGUAGGGGAUUGGCCUUUGCUUGAACCCGAAUGGAAAGAUUGUCGUUUGGAUGUUGAAUGGAAAAUGGCAAAACUGAAUGCUCUGGGAGUGGACUCGCUUUUCCGUGUUGACAUACAAUUCAGAGGAGAUGAUUACAAAGCUCAAGUAGUAGUUGAUGUUGCAGAACCCUUAAUCGAUGGAAUCUGUGACGAUGAAAACGGUAAUUUAACGACUGCUUUUGAAAAAGCUGCUGAACACAGGCAGAUACUCUUGUCUGUAUUGGACAUUUUAGAAGUGAAUGUCACGAACACAACAGAGGCCGACAUCGAUGAACUUUUCGAGUUUGACUAUCUUUUCUGCAAUGCUACUAAGCAUUCGACAAGCAGCAAUCAACAAUCAAGCUGGUCAAAAGAUGUUUUUAAAGAAGAAAAUGUAACACUUUUUAAACUAGCCGACAUUGCUCCACAGAUUAACUGGAUUCGAUGGCGUAAUCUUAUUUUCUCUGAUCUUCGACUUCAUUUCCCUCAUGACAAGCAACAAGUUUAUGUCGAUCACUUAGAAGACUACAUUAAAGAUAUUAGUGAUUUACUUCACACUACAUCAUCAAAGGUCAUCGCCAAUUAUUUGACUUGGAAGUUUGUGUUUCAUCAUAUGGGAUUUUUGGGAAAACCAUUUCGACAAGUUAUUGAGAGUCACCAGAGUCUGAUGAAGAAAAAAAUGGAUUUUCGCUUCAUGUCUUCAGAGCGUCUCUUGCCGCGUUGGAGACAAUGCGUUGGAUAUGUGAAAAAGCUUAUGCCGAUGGCUAUUUUGAAAAGUUAUUACAAUGCCACACAUGAUGACGAUAUCGAAAAUGUGAUGGAAGAUGUCAUUUUAAGAGUGAAAAACGAAUUUAAGGUUAUAUUCAAGAACACACGUGACCUCUUAGAAUUUGAUAGAUCAAGAAGUACUCAUAAGAUUGAUCAGAUUCAAGUUGAAAUUGCUUACCCAAGAAAAGAUGAUGCGUUUUUUGAUGCCUUUUAUUCAAACAUGGGCAAUUUUUCUGACUCAUUUCUAGAAAAUGGAAUGAAACUACUUGCCAUACGAAUGCAAAAGCUUAUAGAGGGCGUAUCACUUUCCAAAACAAUAAAUGACAUGGAUUAUGCAAUUCAAAAGAUUAUAUCUCCUUUUGACCUCACUGCUUACAGCUUUUUUCGAGGAAAUACUAUAAUUCUAACUUUGGCUCAAUUACAGUCUUUUUCCUUAACUCCCAACAUUCCAAAAUAUAAAGCUUUAUCAACGUUUGGGUGGACUAUUGGCCAUGAACUUACCCAUGGAUUUGAUUUAGAUGCUUUGAGUGGACACUCAGGUGUUAAUUGGACGAGCUUCCCAGGUUACGUCCUAAGAGAUGCUCAAAAGAAAGCUCGUUGUUUUCUCGAACUUUCCCAAUAUCCUCAUCAAGCAGCAGUGGUUUCGCUGAGUUCGCUAAAUGAGGAUCUCUGUGAUAACCAAGGAGUUUAUUUAUCAUUCAGGGCGUAUUUGCGGUACCUGAAUAAGAAUGGAGCUGAAGAUUUAUUGCCAGGGUUGCUGAGAGUAACUAACGAACAGUUGUUUUUCAUAACUUACGCUCAGCAAUUUUGUGAAAUCAGACGUGAAGACGUCGUUUCUUCUCACAGUUCCGGACGUCGUAGAGUGAAUGACGUGCUGAAAAAUUUCUCACCUUUCUCCGAGGCUUUUAGGUGUCCUAUUGCCAAGUUUAUGAACUCACCCAAGUGCGACGCUCUAUGGACUUAAUUUAUUUUAUACUCAUCUUGCUAUUUGCUGUACAUAUGUGUUCAAAGUAUCUUUGAAUAAGUUUGUUUUUACUUGUAAGUUUUAAAAAUAAAAAUUGUAAUGUA